AUUUCGACCAGCUUGCCCUUUAUCGCCGCCGCCGCCGCCGCCGGCUAAAAAAAAAGAAAAGGCAAUACUCGACAAACUGUUCAAAAAUUUGUUGUCCUUGAAGUACCAGAGGUGAAGUACUAGGUGAAAUACUAGAGCAGCAAUAAACCCACACAACUGGCUUGGGUAUCUGCCUCGCGCUGAUGUAGAUCCUCGAGCGAAGCGAACAAAAGAACGCAACCAUGCCUCUCCAGCUUCCCGCCCCGAAAACGCCCUUGCACCUGUACCGACAUCUUCUCCGCGAAGCUUCAUACCUUCCUCCCGUGAUCCGGCCAUGUUUUACCGAGCGCAUUGUCUCGAAGUUCCGACAACAUCAGCACGAUCCAGAACCAACGGCUCGAAUUCGCAAAACGACACAGAGGCUUCGUACCAUGCGAGCUGCAGUCGCUGGAGACUUGAAAAGCCUGGAGAAGGUCAUCCAAACUGGGUUUGGUCGCACCGGCUUCCGUCGUCGGCAGCUUCUUUCAGAUUUCUUGCCUCGGGAGCCUCCCCCGGACAGCACUGCCCUGCAACAGUUUCUGGACUGGAAGUUUGGCAACGGGCCCCCUCCUGCUCACUUGAUGAAUUUUCGUGCUCGAAGCAGCCAAAAAAUGCUGCCGUACGACUGGUUGGAUAGCUGGGACACCGACAAGCUCGCUGCUCUGUUGAAAGCCCAAUCGCAGGUCCCUGACCUGCCAAACAACAACACUGUAGGAGCUAGACAGUUGGAUGUAUACCGCGACGUACCCAAGAGGAGCGGCUUUGGCCGCCCCUUUCCUGGAAGAACAGCUCGUACAAAAGUCAAAAAAGCCUGGAAGAUCUUAGCGGAAAAAUUACUCCCGCCUGUUCCAGAAGAGGAAUGGAAUGUACUGCGAGAUCUCGCCCAUGGAAAGGAUAUGGCGCGCGGGCAAGUCUUACCAAGGAGACCAGUAGCUGGUCUUAGUGAGGACAUCAAUUUAGAACUUGCAAAGCAGUCUUGGGACAUGGAAAACUACCUCCUGCAACCGGCCCGCUGGGUUGAUCGCAAGUCGUCUCGUAGGAGGGUAUUGUUCACUGGCAUACCACAGCCAAAUGACGAGCUGGGAUUUUCACCCGAGGGGUUAUCAUCCAGGAUGACGACACGGAACAUGCGCCGUAUUUACGCGACAGUAUGGCGCAUGACCCCUUUUAUGGAAAAGAAGGACGCUCCAGGUGCACGUUGGAACGUGAAGUUCGGCCAGCCAAAUACUUUGAGGAACACGGACACAUCACAAACUUGGCAUCAUGUGUUUCAAGGUGUGGACCAGGAUGGUUCUCCUAUAAAAAAGGCACGAAAGACUCGGUCCCGUGUUGCUUAGAUCGACUCGCUCGCGGGCCACAUCUUGUCUCCUAUACUGUAUACAAACCCAACGAUACCCCCAGCUGCCAAUCAUGGGCUCUGACCAACAUAUAUUCCACAGUUAUUGCUUGGACAUGUCCGCCAGCUUCGCCAGGUUGUCCCCAUCGACUCUAAAGCCAACCCACUCACUCUGCUGUCUAGCCCCGAUACUCUCGUAGAACUUGAUGCUGGGUUCAUUCCACUUCAAGCAGGCCCAUUCGAGCCUAGUGCCCUGCAUUUCUCUUACCUCUCUUGCCAGUGUCGCUAGUAGCUGCAGACCGUACCCCUUCUUGCGGUACGCAGGGCGCACGUACAAGUCCUCCAGGUAGAUACCUGGCCUGGCGCGCCAUGUGCUAUAGUUGUAGAAGUACAAUGCCAUGCCACAGGUGGUACCGUCCGGAUCGGAAAGGACAAGGCAGCGAGCAGGCUUGGCGGGUGAAGUAGGCUCGGUGUUUGGCAGGCCAUCUGGGAGGCUGAGGGGUGCUGAUGGGUCUGAUGGCGCAAGGGCGACAGUCUCGAGCAGCUUGGCUUCGGUUGUCUCGACGGAAUGAAGCUCAUGUUCAUAGUCGGCCAGUUCGCGGAUCAUGCCGAGAAUUGCUGGGAUGUCUACAGCAGACAGACGAUGUUAGCAUACAUAAUUUGGAAUAUGACAGCAGAAGAUUUCCAGUCACA